AUGGCACCCGCAGAGCCCAACGCAAAGCUUUUCGAGCUGUUGACAACGGAAGAACCAGACUUUCCUGAAGAGCGAGAAGGAUGGAAGGGGUACAUCGAGUGGGAGAAAUACCCAGAAAAGAAGAAGCAGGCAGCAGAGAUUUUAGCAAAAUACGACUUCCCUGUACCACCCGAGUUUCAAUUGCUACCACUACCCAAGACCAACCCGGUUCUAGAAGGAGUACGCUGGAAAUACUACCACUAUGCCCUCGGCAAGACUACCAAAGACAUGCCGGACAUUUCGUGGGAAUACGUGAAGAAAGAGAAGAGCAAGGACAUGAUCCACGUUCUACAAUUUCCAUACAACGGCGAGCCUCCACGACAACGCUUAGUCGAGAACGAGAUCACCCAGAACAAAGACCACUUCAUUCGAAAUCACGGAGGUGUUCCUGAGAUCGAUCCAGAGAAGUACUUCUUCGAAGUUGAAGGCCUCGUCAAUACGCCCAAGAAGAUUACUCUGAAAGAACUUCAAGAUGAAAGCAUCUUCCCUCGCAUGAGUACCGCCGUUACCCUGCAGUGCAGUGGUACGCGACGUAUUGAACAGAUUCAGGACUACCCUGGAGACGGAGACGAGCUCAUUAACGCACCCUGGGGCGAAGGCGCUAUCGGCACUGCCCGCUACGUGGGUGUUAGUCUGAAGAAGGUCCUCAAGUACUGUGGAGUAAAGCCCGAAGGAAAGCACGUCGAGUUCUUUGGCGCCGACACCUACUUCAAGAAAGGCCAGGUUUACAACUAUGCUGUUUCGGUGCCGUAUCGCAAAGUCAAGAUCCACGAAGUCAUGCUGGCCUGGGAGAUGAACGGCGAGCCACUGCCUGCCAUACACGGGUUCCCCAUCCGUGUCGUUGUAAUGGGCUACAUCGGUGCGAGGAGCUGCAAGUGGCUCACCCGAAUCAACGUCAUCGAUACUCCCUCCAUGGCUCCAGUGCAGAUGAAGGAGUACCUCUACUACACUCCACAGAACGGCAAGCAGAACGUCACUUAUAGCAACGGUUUCAGCAUCCAAACCAUGCCGGUCUCGAGCGCUAUUAUGACACCUGUCGACAAGGACGUUAUCGUACAUGAUGGAAAGAUCCACAUGACUGGUUGGGCUUACAGUGGCAAUGGCUGGCCGACGCGCGUCGAAGUUAGUAAUGACGGAGGAGGUGUCUGGUAUGAAGUUCCGUACCAGAACUUGAGCACAAAGUACUAUCACGCCUGGCGCACUUGGUGGAUCGACAUCCCAGUCGAUGCGGAAGGAUGGCUCGAGUUCUGCGUCCGCUGCUGGGACGAUGCUCUAAAUACGCAACCGACGUUUGUGCGUAGCGCUUGGAAUUGGGAUCUCCAUGUUACUUCCUCAUGCCAUCGUGUCAAGCUUUACAGUGUUAACAAGUCUAAGCCGGCGACGGCGAAGCGUCUGCAGCAGCUAGAGGAUCAUGGUACUUCGAUUCAUCCUAUUACUAGACCAUUGCCAUUUGAUCUGCAGACGGAUGAAGAUUACUUGGAGGAGAUGAGAAAGCAGGGGGGCCGUGAUCCGGUGGAGUGA